AUGAACGCCACCGAAGAGGAGGAGCGCGACAUCGGAUGCGACACCGAUGGCAGCGAAGAAGUCUCGCAAUCAGUCAAGUCUUCGUCGACGACCGCAGACUCCAUAGCAUUACCGCAGAAGCGAUUCUAUCGACAAAGAGCUCAUUCAAACCCAAUCGCUGACCACUGUUUCGAGUAUCCAUCGGAUCCGCAAUCCAUGGAUUGGUCCACACAUUACCCGAACGCCGAGCUGAAGGUCGGCGGCGACUGUCGUGGCGUUGAGUUCGCGGACAUCGGUUGCGGUUACGGAGGACUUCUCAUAGCGCUGUCACCGCUGUUCCCGAAGACACUUAUGUUAGGCCUCGAGAUUCGGGUCAAAGUGUGUGACUUUGUUUGCGACCGAAUCGCGGCCUUAAGGCUGCAAAACGAAGGCCAAUACUGGAACGUGAGUUGUCUUCGGAGUAAUGCUAUGAAGUAUUUGCCGAAUCUGUUUCCGAAGAGUCAGUUGACGAAAAUGUUUUUCCUUUUCCCGGAUCCGCACUUCAAGAAACAGAAACACAAGUGGAGAAUCAUUUCACCACAACUUCUCUCCGAAUACGCCUAUUGUCUGGCAGUUGAGGGCCGGCUCUACACCGCGACCGAUGUCCAGCAGUUGCACGACUGGAUGACCGGCCACUUGAGCGCACAUCCUUUGUUUGAAAGCCUGGAUCAGAGCGAUAUAGACGCCGAUCCAGUUGUGCCCAAACUCUUUGAUUCGACAGAAGAGGGCCAGAAAGUGACCCGAAAUGGCGGACAAAAGUUUGUCUCCGUUUACCGACGAGUGAAAGACAGUUUCGCUCAAUAA